AAAGCUCCUAGCCAGUAGAAACUGUCAUGGCGGACUGCGAGGAACAUUCGGACCAAAUCGCCCAAUUCUGCGGUGUCACCGGCGUCGAAAGUGCCAGGGCCAAGCUUUACCUGGAGUCGGCGGCAUGGGACCUUCAGCUCGCCCUGGCUUCCUUCUACGAAGAAACGGAUGAGUCGCUGGAGCGCCCAAGCUCGCGAGAUCCCUCGCCAGUGAACCUCCAAGCGCCGACGCGUUCAAGUCCUACGCCUGAAAGGCCCAAAGCUCCGCCGAGGUCUAGCAGGAUUGCUGGCCUCGCAGACUUAACCAAAGAUGAGAGCGGCAAUGAGGAAGAAGGCCAGGCGUUCUAUGCAGGCGGCUCCGAGCGCAGUGGCCAGCAGGUGCUUGGGCCGGGGAAGAAGCAGAAGGACAACUUUGUUGUAGAGGUCUUCAAGGCAGCCAAGAAGCACGGGGCUCAAGUGCUCGACGCAACCGCCGAGCCUGCCGAGCAGCGGUCAUCGCGCAACUGGUUCCACGGUGCCGGCUACCGCCUGGGCUGUACGGAGAACGACACAGAGGUGGUGGCGUCAGGACCAGCAGCGGCUGGUGCCACGGCGCCGGCACCCGUGGUGCGGGUGCUGAAGAUGUGGCAGGACGGUUUCAGCAUGGACGACGGGCCCCUGCAGGCGUAUGACGAUCCAGGCAGCCGGGAGUUCCUCAUGGCCAUUCGGCAGGGGGAAAUCCCGCGCGAGCUGGUGCAGCAGGCGCGUGGAGCUGAGGUGAGCCUCAACAUGGAGGACCAUCGCCACGAGCAGUUUGUGGCACCACGGCGAGGCAAGAUGGCGUUCGUCGGCGAGGGACACCGCCUCGGAAGCAUGACGCCGAACGUCAUCCGGCCCUCGGCGAGUGUCCAGGAAAAUGCAGAGCAGACGGCGCAGCAAGCGAUCUUCGUGGACGAGUCCCAGCCCAGCACUACGAUCCAGAUCCGGCUGUCGGACGGCUCAAGGUUGAUGGCACGGCUGAAUCACAGCCACACCGUGGGGGACAUACGCAAGUACAUUGUGGCAGCUCGUCCGGAGUACGAAGCAUCGACAUUCACCCUCCUCAUGACCUUCCCCAACAAAGAGCUGACAGACGACAAGGCAUCGCUGAAGGACGCCAACCUGCUGAAUGCCGUCAUUGUGCAGCGUAUAAAAUGAGAGUUCCGUACAUUACUAUCCUUGCUUUUGAGUCUCUACUAACCCUAACUUAAUGAGGUUGUUGGUGGGGCUGUGGAACGAUUAAAAUACGUUUGGAAAGUGCCGUGCGACCGCAAGCCAGGAUGGUCGCCGCUUGUGCCUGCACAUCGUCUUUUUUUUUGUGGCUGCCAUUUUGUUUACGGUUGCCGGUCCAGUGUAAAUAAACUUUGGAAGUUGGCACGUUGUC